GUCGGAGCCCUGAUCUCUUCCCACUCCCGAACUUUCUCUUACGACUUGUUUCUCUGACCUUGGGCUCAUGGCACUUUCCCACCAAUAUUCUCGCAACCUGCGCACCAUCAUCACUGUAUCCUUCCUCUCGAGCUCGUGCAACCUGACACUGAGGGCAGCGACCCAGUGUGACGCCUUCCUGACCUAAAAAUCCCCCCGAUCCAUUGCCAUCCCGCAACUAUUUCUUCCGGCGCUCGCAUCCUCACGCCGUAUUCUUCCCCCAAUGGAGUCGAUAUAGCACACACCAUUAACCUCUCCUUAUCUUACUCAACAUGGUAGACGUACCCUCCGACGUUAGUACCUCGGGCUCGACCCAUUCUUCCCCCGAUAAACCUCACCCCCAGCUUCACGUCAGUGUCAGCGAUGUUGUUCCCGAUGAGAAGCCCGACGUCAUGUUCACGCCGCGGAAGGCUUCUAGAAUGGACAAAGACGAUGACGACGAGGAGGAGGAUCUAGAUGCGCUCAUCGAAGAGUUGGAAUCACUCGACCCAGAUGCCGAGAUUGAAGCCGAGAUCGAGACGGCGGCGGGUGCGCGAAAUGUGCCCGAGGAAAUGCUCCAGACCGACACACGUGUCGGCUUGAUCGAGCCUGAAGUCGUGGCCAGGCGGAAGAAGUACGGGCUCAAUCAAAUGAAAGAAGAAAAAGAAAACUUGUUGUUGAAGUUCUUGGGAUACUUUGUUGGGCCCAUUCAAUUUGUCAUGGAGGCUGCUGCGAUCCUCGCCGCCGGUCUCGAAGACUGGGUCGACUUCGGCGUCAUUUGUGCAUUGCUUUUGCUGAAUGCCAGUGUCGGUUUUAUCCAGGAGUUUCAAGCUGGCUCCAUAGUCGAAGAAUUGAAGAAGACCUUGGCUUUGAAGGCUGUCGUCCUCAGAGAAGGGCACCUUAUCGAGAUCGAGGCCCCCAUGGUGGUUCCUGGAGACAUUUUACAACUUGAAGAAGGCACAAUCAUACCUGCUGACGGCCGGCUUGUUACUGAAGACGCAUUUCUUCAGGUCGACCAAUCCUCGAUCACCGGCGAGUCUCUUGCAGCAGACAAGCAUCUGGGCGACACCUGCUAUGCUUCGUCCGCCGUAAAACGAGGCACGGCGUUCAUGAUUGUCACAGCAACGGGAGACAACUCCUUUGUCGGUCGGGCGGCUGCUUUGGUCAAUGCCGCAUCAGGUGGUGCAGGCCAUUUCACCGAGGUCCUCAAUGGAAUUGGCACAGUCCUGCUGGCACUGGUCGUUUUCACCUUGCUCGUGGUCUGGAUAUCAUCGUUCUACCGAUCCAAUAACAUUGUCACCAUCCUUAGGUUCACAUUGGCGAUCACCAUCAUUGGAGUUCCUGUCGGUCUGCCUGCCGUGGUUACCACUACCAUGGCCGUUGGCGCCGCGUAUCUGGCAAAGAAGAAGGCCAUUGUUCAAAAAUUAUCUGCCAUCGAGUCGCUCGCUGGCGUGGAGAUACUCUGCUCGGACAAGACUGGUACGCUGACCAAGAACAAACUUUCUCUCCACGAGCCAUACACAGUCCAUGGUGUCGAUCCUGAGGACAUGAUGCUCACCGCGUGUUUGGCUGCGUCCCGGAAGAAAAAGGGCAUGGAUGCUAUCGACAAGGCCUUUCUUAAAGCGUUACGAUACUAUCCUCGAGCCAAGCAAGCACUCUCCAAAUACAAAGUCGUCCAGUUUCAUCCAUUCGAUCCGGUUUCCAAGAAGGUCAGCACUGUGGUUGAAUCACCUCAGGGUGAGCGUAUAAUUUGCGUCAAAGGCUCUCCUUUAUUUGUGCUCCGCACGGUGGAAGACGACCAUCCGAUCCCCGAGGAGAUUGACAUUGCAUACAAGAACAAGGUUGCAGAGUUCGCAGCUAGGGGCUUUCGCUCUCUGGGCGUUGCGAGAAAGCGAGGCGACAACUCUUGGGAGAUUUUGGGGAUUAUGCCAUGUGCAGAUCCGCCCCGACAUGACACGGCAAAGACAAUCAACGAAGCCAAAUCUCUCGGGUUGUCCAUCAAGAUGUUGACCGGUGAUGCCGUCGGUAUCGCCCGAGAAAUGUCUCGACAGCUGGGGCUUGGUACCAAUGUCUUCAACGCAGAGCGCCUUGGCCUUGCCGGUGGCGGCACGAUGCCGGGCUCAGAAGUCUACGACUUUGUUGAGGCUGCCGAUGGGUUUGCCGAAGUGUUUCCCCAACACAAGUACAAUGUCGUGGAGAUCUUACAGCAACGAGGCUAUCUCGUGGCCAUGACUGGCGACGGUGUCAAUGAUGCGCCGUCGCUGAAGAAGGCAAACACUGGUAUCGCGGUACAAGGCGCAACUGAUGCUGCACGAUCUGCGGCAGACAUCGUGUUCCUCGCUCCUGGCCUGUCGGCUAUCAUAGACGCCCUCAAGACUUCGCGUCAAAUCUUCCACCGCAUGUACGCAUACGUCGUUUAUCGCAUCGCCCUGUCCCUUCAUCUGGAGAUCUUCCUGGGCCUGUGGAUUGCCAUUCUGAACAAAUCACUCAACCUUAAAUUGGUUGUGUUCAUUGCUAUAUUUGCCGACAUCGCCACACUGGCAAUUGCUUAUGACAACGCCCCUUAUUCGAAGACGCCAGUCAAAUGGAAUCUGCCUAAACUAUGGGGUAUGUCCAUUUUGCUUGGGAUCGUCCUGGCCGCAGGCACUUGGAUUGCACUGACGACAAUGAUUGUUGGUGGCCACGACGGAGGGAUCGUUCAGAAUUUUGGACACACGGAUGCUGUUUUGUUCCUUCAGAUCUGCCUGUCGGAAAACUGGUUGAUCUUCAUCACCCGUGCCAAUGGCCCUUUCUGGUCCAGCAUCCCUUCGUGGCAGCUGGUGGGGGCGAUCUUACUUGUUGACAUUCUAGCAACAUUCUUUUGUCUCUUCGGCUGGUUUGUUGGUGGACAACAGACCAGCAUCGUCGCGGUUGUCAGGAUUUGGCUAUAUUCUUUCGGUGUCUUUUGCGUCAUGGCUGGCGUAUAUUACCUCUUGCAAGACAGUGUCACAUUUGACGAUAUUGUUCAUGGGAGGAAGACAAGGAGCAAUAAGGUGCUCAAGAAGAGAGACAUGGAGGAUUUCCUUGUAUCGUUGAAUCGCGUGUCCACCCAGCACGAGAAGGUUGCAUAACACGCGACCCGUAUGCUACAGGCUGGCUACGCACGGUCACGGUCAGCAGGAACGCCCCAGAGUUGGCCCAAGCCGCAACUCAACCAUGACCUACUUUUCAGGAAUAAUUUUUGCACCGUCUCAGUCAGGUCAGGGGCUCGAUUGAUGGAGCAAGUCCCGAACGCUCCCUCGAAACAGAAAGAAGCACCAAGGCCGCUACUACCGAACCUAGACUUCCCCCACGCAUCAUCAUUGGAGCAAGAGGUCACUUCGGGAUUCCCGGUCGGGAGGAUCAAUUCUGAAAGUUCUCUACUCCAGAGCUCCCAACGUGGGGCCUUUGUACCGCAGCACAGCGCAUAAGAACUGAACACUGAUAGAUUGGGGGAUUGGGAGGACAACUGUUGCAACCGGAGACACGAUAAUUGAUACCCUUUUACUUGUAAUAAUCUGGAUUCAACACAGGGACGAGCGAUACCCGGCAUGAAGUACUGGAUUUGAGCGAUGGCGCUGUUUUACGGGUGUUUUUCUCUGUUUUCCAUUGCAAUUGGACUAUUGUGGAUGAGGGACGACAAACUCCUUUGCACGGAUGGAACAAUCAUGGGGGUGGCGAGGAUAUUGGAGUGAUCCGAGGCCUCCAGGUCGCUCGCAUUCGACGUCUAGGUGGAUGAAAGGCAUGAUGUACGGUUGCAGUGAUUUAUAUGACUGCGCCCCGAAGGCAGAAGCACUGCUAUCAUGGAGGGACAGAACCGGUGUUGAUCACAAGCCAUGAAGACCAUGCAUCGAAAAGGGCGUCGCACGUGAUUUGCAUGCCUCAGGAUUUGGCCAUGGCCAUACAAGUCCCUUGCUGUCAACAAUGCCACUGCAUUGACAUCUUUCCAACGAAGAUUUCUCUAUUCUUUGCCUAAUUCGGUCUAUUUGACAUUUGAUGGUGCUAGCAUCGCCCAGGCAGAGCAGGUUGUUUGAAGGGAGAGCCCCAGGUG